AUGCCUCUGUCCUUGGCCGUCGUGCUGUGGUUGGGGCUGAGCACCCACAGCGCCCACAGCUGCUUGCAAUGCAGCCCGGAGGUGCAGGAGGCCCUGAGCAAACUGCGCUUCGCCCUGGUCCCUUCCCGCUUCGACCAGGAACGGACACAGGCUCGGGCCCAGUCCCUGCUCUUGGGCAUGGAGGGGCCUUUCUUCCGCGACUACGCGCACUACGCGUUCGUGGGGAAAGUGGAUUCAGCCAGUAUGAAUUAUGUGGAAAACUUUGUGAUUAAUCAAACAAAGACCUUCAUGGAUAAUUCUAUAAGAGAUGAGUCCUUGUUGGAACAGCUGGUGACGUUUCGGCGAGAUGUGCUCAAGGAACUCAAGAAAGUUCUGAAAGACUAUCAAGUAAAAGCCUGUCACCCCAGAAUGUGCAGCACUUUAAAAGAAGCGGUCUUAGAUUGUUUGCUCUGUCAGACAGUCGUUCCAGAAUGUGUCAAGUCUGAUUACUGCUUCGUGAACCGGCAGCCGCGUAUAGCCCUGAAGUACAACAGCCACAGUGAGCACGUGAACGAUCAGGCCAAAUUUGGCAUCAUCGUCUCCGUGUGCCUGGCUGUCUUCCUCUUCUUGGUUCUCGUGUUCUCGGCUUGUAUGUACAGGCAGAAUCGAAAGCUCCUGCUGCAAUAG